AUGUGCAUUCCACUACUUCCACUACUUUUUCAAUCUACGACGUCCUUCACUUCGUGGAAAGAAAUCAUUGAUUUCCAUCUUCAACCGCCAUGGCCAUACAAUUCAUCCUCAUUUGCUGCAAUCCCAUUGACAAUAGUAGCAGCUGCUUAUUGCAUCCUCUUUUCCUACGUCGCUUCUGCUGGACUUGGAUUUCUGCAAUUCUUCAAUCUAAACAGCAACCAAUCAAUGGUCAUCGUCAGCUUUUCUCUCUUCAUCGGUCAAUGUGUUCCACAGUAUUUCAAUGAAUAUUUGGCCCUAUCUAGACAUGGCACAGUCACCGGCUCUUCUUCGUUCAACAAUAUAGUGCAAGUGAUUUUCUCAUCUCCAGCAACUGUGGAAAUUAUGCUCUGUAAGAUCGACAAGUCAGGUUGCUUGUCUGGAAAAUCAGUCGAUAAUGAAGUUGAAUCCUUAGAAAGUCCUCUCGCUGAUAGUAUACUUAAUAAAAAUGCGGAACUUUUAUUAUUCGAAGAACAUCUUGAUACUAAUUUAGUUGGAGGGAUUUAUGAUUUAUAUUCCAUAUAUUCCUUUCCGGGAAAAGUUAGAAGAAAUAAUUCCGAAGGAAGCAGGAGCCAAAUGGGUUCUUCCUUCACACACUUACCCAUGCUUCAGUUGAUAUUUUAUGGAUUUGUUGUGGGUAGAGAUGGUAGAAGUUUUGUGUUUCUUUCUCUUGUGCACAAAUGGACGGCGAGAGGCUUUUGUGUCAAAAAUGGAUUUGCUUUGAUUAGACCUCCUGAUUAUCAUGCCGCUCAGGCUGGAGCGGCUAGGAAAGUGCUAAUUUUAGAUUGGUUUGAAGAUUUCAUAGAAGUGUUGAACUGGAGAAAUUCUUGUGUGUUGAAUUAUCAGCAACAAAUGAUAUCGAAGCUUUCAAAACCGAAGUAG